UCGAGGAGAGAGGCACACACACCCACACUACAACAGACUUUCCCAAUCUUCUCCGCUCUCUUCACGGCCCUCUUCUUUCUUCCAUCUCGAAGCCGCCCAGCUACCGUAGCAAUGAUGGUCCGCACUGGUUUUGUUGCUCUCGCGUGUGGCAUGCUCGGCGUUGCCAGCGCGCUCGAGGUGGUUACACCAGCCGCGGGGGACAUGGUUGUGUCUUCCAGAGCGUACACCGUGGAGUGGAGUGGAACCGGGUCGAACAAACGUUUCGAGAUCGACCUUUACUACUGCAAUUCCAUGUGCAUGGAGGACGAGUGCGGUGAGUGGGUGACUGCUCUGUGCCCGUAUGGCGAGGACGGCUGCCCGGACAACGAGGGCGACUACGACAUCGUCAUGCCCGAGCCCAUGAGCGGCACCUCCGGCUCCGGGUACAAGGUACGCGUAGCGGACGUGGACGACGAAGACUCGAGCGACUGCUCGGACGAGUUCUACCUCAUGGCGCACGCCGACGCACCCAGCGCCAGCGACGCGGGCGGCCCAUACGUUACGGUGACUUCGCCCUCCACCGGGGAUUCUGCCGAAGCCGGCGAGGAGUACACCGUCGAGUUCGACUACGACAACGGUCUCGGGUCGUCCGUGGGACGUUUCGCCAUCGACCUCUACGCCGCCACAGGAUCUGGCGACUGCGGCACCUUCAUGUACACCCUGUGCGACAAGCCCACCAUCGGCUGCAAGGACUCCAUGGGCGACUACGAUGUGGAGAUCCCGGAAGAUGCCGAGGCAGGCAUGUACACCAUCCGUGUGGGAGACUUCGAGGACGAAUCGGUGUACGGGUGCUCGGACGAGUUCGAGAUCCUCGGUGCCGACGACUCGUCCAUGUCGUACCGCUUCUAAGAAUGUGUCUACGACAAUCCCUAACCGGCCUCCAUUUAUUACGGCUCCUCUUUGCCAAGCGAAAUCGUAACGCUGCUGUGACAGAAGAGCUGGGGCAACUCGCCCAACUGUCGUUGUUGCUAUUGAUUCUCGUGUAUGUCGAUUUCUUUGCAAGGGUUGAUGGAAGAAGUAUGUCCGAGCGGAAACUAAGUGGGGUGAUGGCAUGUGGAAAGUAGCAAGUCCGCACGGGCGGCAAACCCUUACUUCUGUGGUUGCGUUGGUUGUCGAGUUGAUCCCCUAGCGUCGAAAGCUUGUUUUUGUCGUUUCAGUUUCGAGAGAGUCGCUCGAUGAAUCACGUCUUUGUUGUUGGAUAUCAGCUGUAGCUGCGAGAGGGGCGAUUCCCGUCCUCUCUCUCCUGUUUUGUUACCUCGCUUUUGGGCGGAGUUUGUCGGCCCUUUUGUUCUUUUGUUUUGUGAUGCGUUGUUCACUCUGUGCUGUAUGCCCCCGGCUUGAAAGCUCCCCUCGUAUACGGGUCUGGUACGGCUGCAGUUUUGAGCUCAGCGCAGUGCUCUUGGUAGGAGGGCAUUGGUUUCUUCCAAGUUCACUCUUUGUCUCCCACCAAGAUCAUGAGUGCAAUAGUGACGAGAAGGAAAUUAGAAGACCCUGCCCGCGACAAGCCCGAAGUGUUGUGGGGAUGGGGCAGGUAGAAAGCAGGCUAAGCUUUUCGAGUACGAACCGUCGACCAACCGAAAUCGUUUUCUGCCGUAGCUUUAUGCCCUUGGGUUCUCUUCCGAAUGUGCCGUGUUCUCUCUUGGUUUUGCUCUUGAGCGUCAUACAGGAUUAUUACCAUCCACGUUCCCUUCGCAUGCAGCUUCGCUUAACCCUCUUGAAGUCGCAAGUGUUUUCGCGCUUUUCUGGCCCAUCGAGAAAUGAAUGGGGUUGUGGAGGUGUGGAAGACCUUAGCAAUUUCGUUGGGACUGGUCCUCGUCAAAAGUUCGAGGCACGAGGGAUGUCAUAAAACCAAUUGAUGGCCGAAAUCUGGUCGAAGUCCAGUCUUAAAAAGGGCGGCGUCCUGCACGCACCACAUGGCACGCAUUCCCGCGUGUCAUGGGUCGGAAAGUUUUGUGUGGUAUAAAUAAGUGCGUGUGCUGCCUUGGCAAAGCGUCUAUUUUUGGGACGGGAAGGUUGAAGCGGGCAUAGGAAAGAGACAUGUACACGACGAGAGGCGAGGAGCGGUUUUUUGCUCCAUCCUCACCCGUUGUAGAGGCCGUCUGGUUGGUUGGUGUUGCUAUGUUGUGUUUGCUCAUUCGCGGCCCCGCCAUCUCGACUAGCAGCUGUUCCCUUGGUUGACAGCGCUACCGACCGUGCGCGAGACAGGUGCUUUGAUUGUGACCUGGGGUGAAGUGUUUAAGUCGCCAGUGAGAUCGUCCGAGUAUUUUGGUGUAGUAGGCCUUUCUCGAGCAACUCAGCUGCACAUUUUCUCCCGUUUCUUUUUCUCCCACCCGUUCGGUUAUUCUCGACGUGUACUGUUACUUUUUAUGCAUAAAAUAAAUGGCGAUUAUUUACACCGGCCCGACUUGGUUUGCGUGCAUACUCGUACAUCUGUACGUUUCUCGUUUUGGGCCGUCACUCUGAUUGGUCGGCAUACGCAUCAUGGGGAUUUGGGUUGUCGAUGUGCUUCCAGUUCUUGAGACGUGCAGUCUGCUAGUUGAAAAGACGACAUCGUGAGUUUUGAGCGAGGAGAAGCGAAUUUCACUCCUCUCUGGCCCUCUCCGGCGGGUCCCGCCAUUCACGUGGGUCCGAGAUUCAACCUCCUCUGAACGCCCGGUGCAUUUUGUGGAGGAAGUCCUAGGGAACCCUUGUCCUGUAAUGAAGCGAUCUCCCACGAGGCGAUGAUUGAAAAGAGCUCGCCGGAGCGCCUGUGCGACAUGCGCGUUGGGCAUCCCCUCCUUCGCCUGUUGCGCCGGCGAUACCCCAUCGUUUCGCCGAGAGAUAUCCAACACGAAGUACGCCUGCAUAAUCCCCCAUGAGCU